GGGCCAACAGGAUUCCCAUCCUCCUGCCAGCCUUGCCACUAAACACUGCUGCCUCCCAGGAUGAAGGUGGCUGUGGGCCCGGACCCCUCCCUGAUCUACCGACCUGAUGUGGACCCAGAGAUGGCCAAAGACAAGGGCAACUUCCGGAACUACACUUCAGGCCCCCUUCUGGACCGAGUCUUCAACACCUACAAGCUCAUGCACACAUACCAGACAGUGGACUACGUCAGGAAGAAGCACGCCCAGUUUGGGGGCUUCUCCUGCAAAAAAAUGACUAUCAUGGCGGCUAUGGACAUGCUGAACAACCUGGUGGAUGAGUCAGAUCCAGAUGUGGAUUUUCCCAAUUCCUUCCAUGCCUUCCAGACAGCAGAGGGCAUCCGGAAGGCCCAUCCUGACAAGGACUGGUUCCACCUCGUAGGGCUCCUGCACGACCUGGGUAAGGUCCUGGCUCUGUGGGGGGAGCCCCAGUGGGCUGUUGUUGGAGAUACCUUCCCCGUCGGCUGCCGCCCACAGGCCUCAGUGGUCUUCUGUGACUCCACGUUUCAGGACAACCCUGACCUCCGGGAUCCCCGAUACAGCACAGAAUUCGGCAUGUACCAGCCCCACUGUGGGCUGGAGAACGUCCUCAUGUCCUGGGGCCAUGAUGAGUACCUGUACCAGAUGAUGAAGUUCAACAAAGUUUCCCUGCCCAAGGAGGCCUUCUACAUGAUCCGAUUCCACUCCUUCUACCCAUGGCACACGGGGGGCGACUACCGGCAACUGUGCAGCCAGCAGGACUUGGACAUGCUGCCCUGGGUGCAGGAGUUCAACAAGUUUGACCUCUACACCAAGUGCCCUGACCUGCCAGAUGUGGACAAGCUUCGGCCCUACUACCAGGCUCUGGUUGACAAGUUCUGCCCCGGGGUCCUGAGCUGGUGACCCAGCACUGUACUAGCUCCACAGGGACAACGACCCCACCAUGGCUUUGCUGGAAAUUCCACAUACCCACUCCCAGGCCCCUUCCUCCAUGGCCAUUUGCACCCUUCCUUGCAGUAAAUACCCUGACACAAUG